AUGUCUGCACCGGCUGUUUCCAGCGGCAACACCAACAAUGCCGCCUUCAAGGACAAGGAGAAGCCCAUGGCGGUGCGAUCGUCCAACAUUGUCGCUGCCAGAGCUGUCGCCGAUGCGAUCCGAACGUCUCUCGGCCCUCGAGGCAUGGACAAGAUGAUCCGAAGCGGAAAAGGGGAAACAAUCAUUACCAAUGACGGAAACACAAUGCUCAAGAGCAUGUCGGUCAUGCACCCGACAGCAAAGAUGCUGGUUAACCUCUCCGGAGCCCAAGAUGUCGAGGCUGGUGAUGGAACAACCUCCGUCGUUGUCAUCUGCGGCAGCCUUCUCGGCGCUGCUGACCGAUUGCUGUCCAAGGGCAUCCACCCCUCAGUCAUUUCCGAGUCCUUCCAAAGAGCAUCCGCCGCCGCCGUCGAAGUUCUACACGAGAUGUCCCAGCCCAUUUCACUAACCGACAACGCUUCCCUUCUCCAGGCUGCCAACACAUCUCUGUCAUCUAAGAUCGUUUCCCAGUACUCAAACCUCCUUGGCCCCAUGGCCGUCAACGCUAUUACUAAGACGAUCGAUGUCAAGACUGCUGAGAAUGUGGACCUGAACAACAUUCGUAUCAUUAGAAGAGUAGGAGGAACGAUUGAGGACAGUGAGCUGGUGGAUGGUCUGGUCCUUACACAGCCAGUCCUGAAGAACGCUGGUGGCCCCUUCAGAAUGGAGAAGGCUCGCAUUGGUCUUAUUCAGUUCCAGCUCAGCCCCCCCAAGCCUGAUAUGGAAAACACGAUCCAAGUCAACGACUACCGCCAGAUGGACAAGAUUGUCAAGGAGGAGCGGUUGUACCUCCUGAACAUGGCCAAGAAGAUUAAGAAGGCCAAGUGCAACGUCAUCUUGAUCCAGAAAUCUAUCCUUCGAGACGCCGUCAACGACCUUUCCCUACACUUCCUGGCUAAGCUUGGCAUCAUGGCCAUCAAGGACAUCGAGCGAGACGAAGUCGAGUUCAUCUGCAAGUCUACUGGUUGCAAGCCUAUUGCCGAUAUUGACUCCUUCACUGAGGAUAAGCUUGGAUCUGCGGAUCUCGUUGAGGAAGUCCAAUCAUCCGGAUCCCGUAUGGUCAAAGUCACCGGAGCCAAGGCUACUGGCAAGACCGUGUCUGUGGUUGUGCGUGGUGCCAACUCACUGAUUCUGGCGGAGGCAGAGCGAAGUCUUCACGACGCUCUUUGUGUGCUCCGAUGUCUUGUCAAGAAGAAGGCCUUGAUUGCCGGUGGUGGUGCUCCUGAGAUUGAGAUUGCAGCCCAGCUGUCCAAGCAGGCUCGCAGUCUGACCGGCACCGAGGCCAUCUGCUGGAAGGCCUUUGCAGAUGCCAUGGAGGUUAUCCCCACAACGCUGGCUGAGAACGCCGGUCUGAACAGCAUCAAGGUCGUCACUGACCUGAGACAUCGACACGAGAUGGGCGAGAAGAAUGCUGGUGUCAGUAUCAAAUCCGGAGGUGUCAACAUCAACAUCUCCAAGGAGAACGUAUUGCAGCCACUCUUGGUCAGCACAAGCGCCAUUGAGCUGGCGGCCGAGACGGUGAAGAUGAUUUUGAGGAUAGACGACAUUGCUUUGUCAAGGUAG